UAGUGUUUUAUAACAUAACCUAUAAUUUUCUUAGAAGCAUUUGCAAGUAUAUACUAUAAUGCAGCAUAAGGAAUGUUCAUGUAUUUGUUAGUUACAGGAUAUUGUAUUAAAUUGUUAAAUUUUAAUAUUUUUAAUUAUUAACCAUAAUGGCUCAAACAAGAGUGGAAAAAGUCGGAACUAUUUAUACGAGAAUUUCAUCAUUAAUAUAUGGAGGUGCAAAGGCUGAAACAGAAAAACCACUGUGGUAUACCAUAUAUGAAGCAUUUCCACCCAAAUAUGAACCAAAAUAUGAUAGAGUUGCACCAUAUAUACCAAUAAGACCGAUCUAUUAUAAAGAAGACGUUAUACGCGCACGAUUUCACAAGGAUUGCAAAAAUCUAGAUCUAAUAAACUUAAGUAAUAAAAAGUAUCCGUCACAAACAAAAAAAUUUCUUGAUACAUAUAAUGAAUUACGAAUGCUCAAUUUGUCUGAUGAGGCAGCUUAUGAACAGGCACUAGAAAAAUUUAAUUUUAGUUCAGCAAAUGUAGAAGAUUAAAAACAAUCAAAAAAACAAGAAUAAUAUGUAAUAUGACAUAUAGACAUUUUAUUUUUAGUUAAUAUAUAAUACACUCAUGGUAUUUACUCUUUCAUAAAAGGGAAUAGUUAAUCUUAUUUGUAAUAAAUAUGUAUGCGUAAUAAAAUAUAUGAAACAUAAUGCAUUGAAUACAAAUAUGAAUAUGCA